AUGGCAAAUAUGUGUCGACAGCACCUCUUUGAGCUGGACUUCUUCCUCUCUCGAGAUAUCACCUUCGAUUGCUUACUCUACUCUACGAUUACCUCUAUAAUCACCACCAUCCACUGCAGUGGUGGCAGCGGAGACGAGGUAGUGGACAGUCUGAGUGCGUUAUGUCUGCAUGACGCCUGCCUUGCCGACCUUGAGGAACACUGCUCCCCACCAAAUUGCUCUCCUGCUAACGUUAGUAGCGAAGAAGCUGAAGGGGAGUAUGAACUUGAAAGGGAUAUGAGCUGUCUCGGAGACAAUAUGGAUCGGCUUCAGUUUUUUCUCCAUGUUCAGUCCCACCUGCAGCCAUUGUACCGCAAGGAGCUGAUGCGAUACGUACGAGACGUGGAAGAAGAGCCUAACCUUGACCACGGUUUUGCGCGUCUUUGCUUGGCUGCCGAGAAGCGCUUCUGUCAGAGAGUACCCAGUAGCGUUCAGCAAAUCCUCAGCCAUUCUGACUAUGAUACCGUUCUUAAUAAAGGAGUCACCCUCAAUAGCCUAAAGCUUAAAAACAUUGUCUAUAUUACUUGUCUUUGUGGGCAUCGCGGCAGACCGCCAGCCAAGCGUCACCAAGAGCUUUUCGGUCGCGACCAGAUGACAAUGGCGGAGAGUCAUUCAGAUUUCAAGCUCAUGAGCACCUGCAUUGGAAUGAUCCACAGCCAUCGUGGUGACAUGUUUACUAGCAGUUCCAUGGACAUAAAACUGUCUUGUUCCGAUGAGCUCAGAGUCGACAGCAACAAGCCUUUUAAACACAAGAACACAGUAGUUCGAUGUCUUCAGAGCCAGUACAUCCUAACCAGCACCAAACAGAGCAGGAAAUCUCUCACGCACUCCUGUUCUAAGUAUGUGCGUGAGGUGAGUCUCUUCGCUUGUGGUGAGCUGCUAACUUCAACCACCCUGAAUCACCACAUGGAUCCCUUGCUAGCGUUGAUGUGUCGUGGCAACCUCAUCAAGCACUGCUCAGAGAACCUGGCUCUCUCCGGUCUAGAUGGGAGGAAUAAUGAUGGCGUGCCGUUAGAGUACCUGCGCUGA